AAUUGCAUAGAUCUGUUAGCUCUUAGCUGUCGUCAUGUGCUGCCGGCUUUCAAUUCAAUUUGCCCUUUUCUGUGGCUAUUUCAAUCUUGUGCUCUCCUCUCCGCAAAAUGACCGUUACCAAGUUGUGGGCAUGCCGUGUGCUGUCAACGAGGAGGUCAGCUGCAUGAUCGUUAAGUGUCCGGCGGGUCGCUAUUGUCCGGCGGAGAAUUACUGCUACAAUCCGAAGUGCGUCUGUCGUCGCGGCUAUCGCAGGAUCCAUGGAGUAUGUGUCCAGAAACAUGUGACGCUCAAUCGCGAAGCUGACGCCCUGAACUCAGCCCUGCUCCAAACGCGAUUUCGAUAAAUUCAUAAUUUGUUCAAUUUUCCUUUUUGUUAACAAAUAACAUUUUUAACUGAUCAGAAUGAUAUUGAGAUAAGACAUCCAGGUAAUAUAUAUAAAUUUGAAA